UGCCCUGUCCACUCCACACAGUCGCCUACGCAGCAGAAGAGCAUAUGGAGCAGUGAUGUGCCACUGAACAGAAGAAUAAAACGUAUUUUAAGAAACGGGAUAAACGCCCGAGUCUUUAAGUGGCACUUACAGGGUUCCUCUUGUCUUGUACGAUUACAAUACUUCAAACGCAAAUGCUAGAAUACAGGAAAUGUCCGGCGAAUUCUCAGAGUAGUUCAAUCACCCCUUGCGCCUCUAGAGAGAUCUGUCUUUAGUUGAAUAUUGCGCGUCGGAAGGGAAGGGUCGAAGAAUACAUCUCCUGCCGCGGUGGAGACCGAUUAUUCCAAGAUGCUCGGGCGAAUGCAGUAUUUCAAAUUAACGACAGCACUUGCGUUGCUACCGUGUGUGUUCUUGUUUAACGUGGAUGACAAGAAUGGGUUGACGUUCAGUGGUCCGCUGGAGGACAUGUUUGGAUACUCAGUCCAGCAGUUUGAGAACAGUGAGGGGAAAUGGGUACUUAUUGGUUCUCCCCUGGCCGGCCAGCCAGCCAAACGGACUGGAGAUGUCUACAAAUGCCCUGUGGGUCGAGGACCAAACCCUAAAUGUAUCAAACUGGAGCUGCCUGAAAACACAACAAUUCCUAACUUACACGAAGUCAAGGAAAACAUGACCAUGGGAACAACGUUGGUUACCAACCCUCAAGGAGGCUUUCUGGCUUGUGGUCCCCAGUAUGGCUACAUGUGUGGUCAGCAGACGUACAUCUCUGGGGUCUGUACCAAUGUCAGCUCAACCUUCCAGGUACUCAACUCCAUCGCCCCGGCCGUGCAAGAGUGUGCCAAAGAGCUUGACAUUGUCAUGGUGCUUGACGGCUCCAAUAGUAUAUGGCCAUGGAACAGCAUCAUUGAGUUCCUGGUUAAGUUUCUGAAGAAUAUCGAAAUUGGACCUAAACUGUCCCAGGUGGGCAUUGUGUCAUAUGGAGAGCAAGUCAUUCACAAUGUGAACCUCAGCCAGUUUAGUAACACUACAUCCCUCCUGGACAAAGUGAUGAAUCUUAAGCAGCAACAGGGUGUCAGGACCAUGACCUUCCUGGGUAUCGACACGGCAAGGAAAGAGGCCUUCACUGUGGAGCGAGGGGCGCGGCCGGGGGUCAAGAAGGUCAUGAUAAUCGUGACGGAUGGAGAGUCACAUGACUCUCACAACCUCAAAACUGUCACUGCAGAAUGCGAGAAAGACGACAUUGAGAGGUUCGGUAUUGCUGUUCUUGGUGAUUACAACAGGAACAACAGAAGCAUCAAUGAGGUUAAAAAGUUCAUUGAGGAGAUCAAGAACAUUUCCAGCGAUCCUGUGGGAGAUCACUUCUUCAAUGUGUCCGAUGAGUUUGCCUUGCUUACCAUCGUAGAUGCUCUGGGAAGCAGAAUCUUUGCCUUGGAGGCAACGUCAGGUAACUACACCUCGUCGUUUGAGAUGGAGAUGUCCCAGGCUGGUUUCAGUGCCCACACCUCUAAGGAGGGUGUGAUGCUGGGUGCAGUUGGGGCGUAUGAGUGGAACGGGACAGUGGUGAUGCACACAGACCAGGGUACCAUGGUUCCCCUAAACGCAGACUUCCAAGACCCACGGGACGAGAGGAAGGAGAGCCUGGCGGGGUAUGUGGGUUAUGAUGUGCAGUCGGCAUCAACCCCUAACGGUGUAUUAUAUAUUACGGGAGCACCGCGGUACAACCACACAGGCAGAGUCAUUGUGUACAAACUGGAUGGGAAACACAUCACAGUCACACAAGUACUGAAAGGAGAGCAGAUUGGCUCCUACUUUGGCAGCGUGCUCCAGACAGUGGAUGUUGACCAAGACUCGUACACAGACAUCCUGCUGGUGGGAGCUCCUAUGUACAUGGGCCCAGAGAAGGAGGAGCAGGGACAGGUGUACGUUUACAAACUCAAUGAGAAGGGCAUGUUUGAGCACCAGACCACGCUGAAGCCAGACAACCAGAUUUGUUGUACCUCGGCCCACUCCCACGGCUGCACCAACGUUAGUAAGAAUGACCCGUGUGGCGCCCGUUUCGGCACCGCCAUCGCAGAGGUCAGCGACCUGGACCUGGACGGGAACCGGGACGUGGCCAUCGGGGCACCGUUCGAGAACGACCACAGAGGAGCCGUCUACAUCUACCACGGAGCCAAGAAGACUAUCAAGGAGAAAUACGUCCAGCGUAUCCCAGGUCCUGGAGACGGGGUGAAGACUAAGUUCUUUGGCCAGUCAAUCCAUGGAGUCAUGGACCUGAACGGAGAUGGAAUCAUAGACGUUACCAUCGGAGGGCUGGGAGGUGCUUCUCUGUUCUGGUCCAAGGAUGUUGCUGAGCUUUAUGCCAACAUGACCUUUGAACCGAGCAAGAUCAACCUACAGCAGCCCACUAAAGGCUGUGUGUUGGGUGCGAGGGAAACCGUGUGUGUGAAGACCAGGGUCUGCUUUAGCUACAGCGUCAAGUCUGAGAAGGAUGACACUAUCUUGGGCACAGCCAUUAAGUACAACCUGACACUGGACUCUCUGAGGGCGAAGUCGAGGGCUGCGUUUGUCAACUCAGACGAGAAGAGUGAGAGGAAGGUCCAGGCCACCGCCAAGAUCAUUGACUCUCUGUGUGUGGAGCAUUUAUUCGCCAUGAAGGCUAAAUUGGACUUCAGAGACCCCAUCAUGGUCUCCCUAGAGUUUGGCCUGGCUGAGGACACAGGUCCCGUCCUGGAUGGAGACUUACCAACGUCACUUAACAAAACGAUUCCUUUGGUGGACUGUGGGAGCGAUGACAAGUGCAUAGCUGACCUAUCGCUGAAGGCUGUGCCAAGUAUACAAAGUCUUGUGAUCAAAGCGAACAAGGAGAAGUUCCACGUUCUGAUCACCACUAGAAACAGCAAAGACAACGCUUACAACACCAAAGUUAUGCUGAGCUUUAUUGAAAACAUCAACUACGUCAAGGUCGAGCCCAAAGAAAAAGACUGCAGUCUAAAUAAUACCAAAGUUGAGUGUGCUGUGGGAUAUCCAUUCCUCAAAAGCAAUGUAGAGGAGGUGUUUAAGAUCCUGUUUGAAGUCAACCCUGCAUAUGUCUGGAAGGAAAUUCAGAUCAACGUAACUGCAACCAGUGACAGUGAGGAACUGAACGCCACCCUCCAUGACAACACUGUGAGAAUCUCCAUCCCUGUAAAGUAUGAGCCUGGACUUAGAUUCACAGCUGACAGGCACAUGAAGGAGGACCACAUCAUAGUGAAAGAGGGAGAGCAGUACCCUAGCGUCUUCAACCACACCAGUGUGAUAGGAGAAGUGGUCAAGAUAAGCUACACGAUGGAAAAAGAUGUGGAUAUGGUGGCUCCUCCUCUGAAGCUAAGGGUGACGUACCCGUACCUGUCACCCAGAGAGAACGUCCUGCUUUACCUGACUGACGUCACCUCCUCACAGGAUGUGAGAUGCCAUGCCAUGGAUCUGAUUAACCCUUUAAAGAUCAACCACAACAAUGUCCACACUCUCAACCUUAAAAAAGAGACCCUCAGUGACUUCCUGGUGGGCUGUAAGGACCACCCAUGUAAGUCAUUUGACUGCUCCAUCCCUCACGCCAACAACAGCCAGGUCAAUGUUACCUUCAGGGUGUGGAAGCCCACCUUUAUCAAAGCAGAGUUCACCAGUCUUCAUAUGAUAGUUCAUGCCACUCUGGAGAACCAGAACACUGAUCUCUUCAUGUUGAGUACCGCUAAUAACGCCAGAGAUGUGAAGAUUCAGGUGUCUAAAGAGGCACUAGGAGGUAUACCACUGUGGAUCAUUAUAGUCAGUAUCUUAAUAGGACUUCUCAUUCUAGCACUGGUCAUCUUCGCCCUAUGGAAGGCUGGAUUUUUCAAAAGAAAAUCCAUGGAAGACAUGGAGAAGGAGGACAUUAAGAAUUAACCCUUCCACCACCCUGUAGGUCUGUCUGUGCCCCACUAUCUUCAGGUCUGUUAUCUGGUCAGUCAGAGGAGAUACCAUAAGAAAUACCACAACCCAUUCACCUGAAUGCCAUCAGGUCAGAGGAAAAGCCAGAGUUUAUCUAUGGCUCUGCACCAACCCGUUCACCUGAAAGUGAUGUGGCCCAUCUAUCUGAACAACAUGGUCUACCAGUCUUAAUAACAACCUGGUCUGGUUCAGUGGAUAGAGAAGCCUGGGGAAACAUUGAACUUGUACACUGUGGUCUUCCGUCUAUCCAACUUGGGUACCAAGACCUGGACCUUAAGGACCUAAGCUAGAAGAGACAUCAGAAGACCUAUGGCAUCCUGACCCAGAACUGAUCAUUUAAAGCCACAACCUCAUCAGCUUUAUACAACAGAACAAAACAUUCUCAGGUUUACUUAUAACAUCCUAAAGCCCCUAAAAACACCUCAGACUAUGGCAUUAAACCAAAGUUGUCCAAGUCCAUGUGAACUCUGGUGGGUUUGCACAGACAAUCUGCGAUGGGUUAGAAUCCUGUGUCCUAGUUGUUUGAUACUUUUAACGAAACACUGUCAAUCCAUGGUAUAUUUUAAAACAUGUUAUUACCUAUAUUUUGGCACAUUCCUCAUCUUCUAAGCAGAAUGUUUGCUUUUGACACACUGACAUUUUCAAAAUGUUCUAGUCUUACAAGCGCAAUCUGUAAGUUAGAUUUUUCUAUUGUUUAACAAUUGAAAGGGGUCUAUGCAAGUGUACCCACCAAAAUAUUAUAUUCCGUAUAUAAAAGAAGAGGAGGAACAGAUGCUACUGACAUAAAUACAUUUAUUCAUCUUGUUUUUGUUUCAUCUUGUUGCCACAUGGGGGAAGAGAACUUACAGAUUGCGCCUUUACAGUAUUAGGAAAACAUUUGAUUGUACUGUUAAUGUAAGUAAAUGUAAAGCUUGUACAUAAAGUUGUUUGCAAUAAUUCCUAGAAUUUAAGAUAAAAUUGACAUAAAUCCAGCAUGUAUCAAUAAGGCCCUACACUCUUAGAAAAAAGGGUUCCAAAAGGGUUAUUUGCGGAGGGAUAGGGUUCUACCAAGAACCAUUUUGAUCAGAAGAACCCUUUUGGAAGACAAGGGUUAUUUGUAAGGCAAAGGGUUCUACCUAGAACCUUUAACAACCCAAUAACCGUUUUUGGAAGAAAGUUUUUUUUUAUAAUUUGGAAGGCAAGAAGGGUUGUAUAUAGAGCCAUAUAUACAAGUUCCCAGCAUGAAGGGAGAUGUUUUUUAUUUAAUUUUUUACUGUAAUAUCUCUGUUUUUGCAUGUACAUUGAUUGGCUAAUACAUUUCAUG